AUGAUGACUACCAUGGCUGACCCACUCGAGCAGCAGAGGUUUGAACAACUAAAUCAUUCUCAGCUUGAGCAGAAAAUAUUUAAUACCGGACCCAGGGCUAGCCGAACUUUUCCUACAUCACAAAAUUUGGGGGCUGAUGGAGGCGUUUGUCCAACUGAUGCAGCAUUGCAACCAAUCAAUGAAGAUAGUAUUGAUGGACAAAUGCGUGUUUUUGCCCAUCCUCCCCAAGGUGUUAAUGAAUGUAGUAAUUUGAGUAGUGCUGGAUCUACAUCUGAUAGAGAACCUGAUACACCCGGAAAAUUUGGUAGAAUAUUAAGUGAGAAGAAAUCCGCACGUAAACGACGACGUGGCGAGGAAACUCCUAAAGCUGAGAGAAAAAUAACAGAAUUUAUAAAGUCGCAAUCUAGUCCUAAACGGUUUGCUAGCAGCUCAACUAAUGGCGAGUCAUACAUUCAUGAAAAUACUUGUGGACCGUGGAAUGUGCAAUCGCCAUCCCCUGUUAACCGAACAACUCCUACUAAUUUACAUUAUUCAUCUGAUUCUAAUAGUAACUCCAAUCAAAGUCCACCAUCACGGUUACGAGUAGAUGAAGAAACCCAAACUGAGUUUACUGCGGACACUGAUCCUAUUACCACUGAAGAGAUCGCAAAACGGGAUAGAAUGUUAACAGAUUGUCGUAGACAAAUUGAUGACUUAACAUCGAAGUUGAAUAAUGAAAAACGGAAGAAUGAGUCUUGUAAAGAAGCAAUUAGGAAGUUGCUGAUUGAGAAAAACACUGUAGAACGGAAAUCUCUUGUGGAUAAAACACGAACGGACACUCCUAGAAUUGGACAAUACAAACUAGUUAGACAUGGUGAUUCUUUCAAAGAUGUUUUCGCCGAAGGUUAUGCCUAUGAUGAAUUAAAUCGUAAAGUUCAACAUCUCAAUCAGGAAAGGCUAGAACUGCAAAAUGCUUCGAUUUUAUUAAAAAAACGAAAACCCGUCGGACCUGGAAAGGAAGGGUCAAAAAAAUCUGUUUUAAACUCGAUAUCAACUAUGAACGAUGGAUCUCUACCCUCUACCUCAAACGCCACAGAAGAUUCUGUAUUCCGAAGGCCGGAAGAGCCUAAAGAAAUCAAUCUUCAAGAAUAUAUUGAACUUGACGAGAUAUAUAAACUUCGGAAAGAGCAUUUGAAAAAGGAAGAAACGGAUCUUCUCUCCGAAAAAGAACGACUGGAACGUGAGAAACAACUUCAUCUACGGGAGUUGAAAAGAGCUGCCAAUGAACGGGAUUCACGGUAUAAAGAUCAUGAAAUGUUGUCAAGUCGUCGAUAUCUCUUGUUGGCUCUCCUUGGAAAGGGAGGAUUCAGUGAGGUCUGGCGAGCAUAUGAUUUGGAAGAAAAUCGGUAUGUGGCUUGUAAAAUCCACCAUGUAAAUAAGGAAUGGAAGGAGGAAAAAAAGGCCAACUAUGUGAAACACGCGAUGCGUGAAAAAGAUAUUCAUAAGUCACUAGAUCAUUGUCGUAUUGUUAAAUUAUUUGAUUUAUUCACUAUUGAUAAUCAUUCCUUCUGUACUGUAUUGGAAUAUUGUCCUGGCAAUGAUCUUGACUUCUAUCUUAAGCAAAACAAAUGUAUAUCUGAGAAGGAAGCUAGAAGUAUUAUCAUGCAGGUCGUAUCUGCUCUCGUUUAUUUAAAUGAGAAAAAGCCGCCAAUCAUUCAUUAUGAUCUAAAACCUGCCAAUAUUCUGUUAGAAUCGGGUACAGCAUGCGGGGCAAUCAAAAUUACCGAUUUUGGUCUUUCAAAAAUAAUGGAAAGUAGUGAUGAUGAUUUAGAAUUAACGUCUCAAUUUGCUGGGACUUACUGGUACCUUCCUCCUGAAACUUUUGUUGUGGGCCAUGCACCACCAAGAAUCAGUUCUAAAGUAGAUGUUUGGAGUGUUGGAGUUAUUUUCUACCAAUGCAUCUACGGAAAGAAGCCUUUUGGUAACGAGCAGACACAGCAGAAAAUUUUGGAAGAAAAUACGAUCAUCAAGGCUACUGAAGUAACAUUCCCACCUAAGCCACAGCUAAGUCAGGUUGCUCAAGAUUUCAUUCUUCGGUGUUUACAAUAUAGGAAGGAAGAUCGUGCCGAUGUUUUUGAACUAGCCAGGCACGAACUUUUCAGACCGAGAGGAGCGAAAAUGGGGCCUCCAUCAUCUCCAAUCAUUCAACGUUCACUUUCAACGAGCAGUGGAGAGGAGUUGUAG